AUGGGCACCAUUUAUUCCAAGCCGGAGCCUGUGGACGAGAAGACUAGCGCCUCCAACUCAACUCGAUCUAUCAAGCAAGAACCCACUGCAAUGAGUAUGGCAUCAGAAACUCCUCCCCCGCCAUAUCCAUUUCUUGCAGCUCGCGAGAGAGCUCGAUCCGUCGCUGUACCUCGUCUGGAGGACUGGAGCGAGUCCCUCUUGAGUGAUGCAAAGAAUCGUCUCGCUAUCUCCAACUUCGCCAGCCAACCGUAUGAAGCUCUACUCACCAAUCGCGAAAGUCUGCAGUCCGAUCUACACAUCUUCAACCUCGCCGUUCCAAUCGAAGGAGCGCCCAUCACAAACCAGCGCUCCUCGGGUCGCUGCUGGCUAUUCGCCGCCACCAACGUCUUCCGAGUUCCACUGAUCAAGGCAUAUCAGCUCCGCGAGUUCGAGCUCAGCCAAGCUUACCUCUUCUACUGGGACAAGAUCGAAAAGGCCAACUGGUUCUUCGAGCAAAUAAUUGCAACCGCCGAUGAAGAUCUCACCGAACGCCUCGUCCAGAAGCUCCUGGAAGACCCAGUCAGCGACGGCGGCCAGUGGGACAUGGUCGUCAACCUGGUGCAGAAAUACGGACUGGUCCCGCACGCAAUUUACCCCGAUGCUUACCAUGCGCAAAAUAGCUCCAGACUCAACUGGUUACUCACUGCCAAACUGCGCGAACAGGCAUUAGUCUUACGGAAGCUCGCCACCCAGAAGGGAGAUGGCCACGCCGCGCAUAUUCUGGCUGCGAGCAAAGAGCAGUUCAUGAAAGAGAUCCACUCGAUCGUCACUCUCCUUCUGGGUCCGGCUCCAAACCCGGACAAGGAGUUCGUCUGGCAGUACUACGAUUCAAAUGGAGCCUCCCGCGAGGUGCGACAGACUCCACUGGAGUUCGGCCAGCAGGCUACUCGGUCUCAGACCCGGAUACUUUCGCGCACCAGCCCGCCCGUGUCUCCGGGGCGACUCUUCAGUCUCGUGAACGAUCCGCGAAAUGAAUAUAACCGCCUACUAACAGUCGACAAGCUCGGCAAUGUCCUCGAAGGACAAGCGCUCACAUACGUUAAUGUCGAGAUGGCGAUUCUCAAAAAAGCAGUGAUUGCCAUGCUGAAAGCUGGUCACCCCGUCUUCUUCGGAUGCGAUGUCGGCAAAUUUUCUAAUACAAAGCUCGGUGUCAUGGAUGCCGAUCUCACCGAUCUCGCUCUUGGAUUCAAUGUAUCGCUCGGGAUGAACAAGGCAGAGCGGUUGGCUAGCGGCGAGUCCUCGAUGACCCAUGCCAUGGUCAUCACGGCGGUGCAUCUUUCCGACAAAGAUGAGCCGAUUCGAUGGCGAGUGGAAAAUUCAUGGGGUGAAGCGGCUGGGGAUAAGGGCUGGUUUGUGAUGACCGACCGGUGGAUGGAUGAGUAUACUUUCCAGGCCGUUGUGGACUUUAAUUUUGUCUCCGCCGAAGUGCGAUCGGUCCUCAAACAGACUCCUCAGGUUUUACCCCGCUGGGAUCCUUUGGGAGUUCUUGCUUAG